GGGGACGUGUGGCAUACCUGGGUUUAUAAGCCACUUCCCCCCCAAAAAAGAGGGGGCACGUUUAUCCCUGGCCCUCCCUCUGUGAAGUGUCCACUCCCAUGAUUCAUAGCGACCGUAGUCACUUAUGACAGGCUGCACAGGUACCACCUGUCCGACUGGUACCAGUGUCCACAGAGCUCCUUAUUAAGGACAGUUUCAAAACCUUACAGUAUUUAUUUACAGAUAGGUUUUAUUGAUCCCACAGUGGGGGGGAUUCACUCGAUACAGCAGCUCCAGAUAUACACAACAGAUAAGAUAAAUUAAGCACAUUAAAUACAAAAUAUAAGAGAAAAAUACAAGAUAGGGGAGAGUGGGGUAAGUUGAGCCACGCCCCUUGUUGCUAGGAAAUGGUAAAAAAAAAAAAAAAAACAUUGAUCAUGUGACCAAAUAUUUAGGAGGAAGGCAUUAUUUCAUGGAGUCUGUGAAUGUAAGAACCACAUGGGUAAAGUGGUUAGAUAUUUAUUUCCAAAAAAUCAUUUUUCACUCUUGAAAGUGAAUUUAGUCUAUCAUGAGUUUCAUGAGAAUUGUGUUUAGACCAAAAUAGAUCAUUUUAAAUUUGUUUUAUACAUCAACUGUGGCAUCUAUGAGCUACAACAUGAGGUCAUAAACCUAGCAUAAAAGUGCACCAUUUUAGCUGUGGGGACUAAUAAAGUCAGAAUGGUUGCUCUGGGGUAAGUUGAGCCGGUGGCUACAGCCCAAACAGACCACAAGACCACUUUUUUUGGACAUGCUAUAUUAUCGAAACAGUUAUGUUUACACUCAUUCUGUUUGUUUGAAAGGAUGCACAACCUCCUGAAAUAUAUGCAGAUAUAUUAGUUAGCGACAAAACUAUGAUUGCCUUGAUGUAGUGAUCCUAAAUAUGAAAAAUGGCUCAUCUUACCCCACUCUCCCCUAUAUAUAUAUAUAUAUAUAUAUAUAUAUUAGUGUAAAAAAAAAAAAAAGGCUAUAGGCUCUAGACAGGGCUAUGAAUAUACAGUACAGGUCUAAUGUGUAUGUAGGAAAUUCUAUAAAUAUGUGAAACAGACAGAUAAUUAGAUAGAAAGAAGAACUGCUGCUUUGUGUGAUGUCCACAACUCUUGCAAUAAAAUGACUCUGCCUAGGAUACACCUGUGUUUGCUCCAGGAGCCUCCUCUCUCCUCCAUGCAGCUCUCCUCUUCUCUCCUCUCCUCUCCUCUCCUCUCCUGUACUGUCAAUAAGUUCUCUACAAUGUCAGUGACAUUGUGAAAUAUGAAGAGAAUAAAAAAAAGUUUGGCCUCCUCAAGGUGCAUUACAGGUAUUGGAAGAAGAAGAACCUCCAUGGAUGGAGGGAGGGAAUGAUUUCCGGGUAGGAUCAUUUAACUAACCUCCUCUUCCUCCUCCUCUUCUUCUUCCUCCUCCUCCUCCUCUUCUUCUGGUGCUCGCUGGCACUAAACUCACUUUCCAAGAUGGAAAGAAAACAGUCCUGGCGCAGCUGUUCGGUCGUCGGCUGCAGAAGAGAGAACAGAUCUGCAUAUUUCAGCCUCCCUACAUCUGAGGACUUAAAGACUCAGUGGUUAAAGUUUAUCUUUAACGACAACGUUCCCAUAACAACCAGCAGCUGUUUGUAUGUGUGCCCCAGCCACUUUGAGGCAGACUGCUUCACUAAUGCGUGUCAAGUCAAAUUGGGAUAUGCUUCAAAAUUGAGGCUCAAGGAAGGAUCGAUCCCGACUGUGAGAGACCCAAGUGUAAAACCAGAAGCUGGCACCGCUGGCAGUGCUUGUCGAAUUCUUUCAGUAAGACACGUGGCCUCCCAGACUGACCCCCCAGAAAGAAGAUCUGUCAGCACACAGCUGUCCACAGAUAACAAAUCUGUUGGCACACAGCUAUCCACGAAAACUUUGCAGAACCACUUCCGAAGUACAGCUACGCAGGCGAGAGUGCCCAGCAGAGACUGCGGUGUGUGCACUCUCACCUUCCCCUUGGACAGCCCAUUACUGUUCCUACAACCAACAAUAGUAAAGGGACCAUCCAAGAGACCUCGACUCAGCCUUACAGACGAGGAGGAAGGCCCUUCAGAGUGCAGCUUGUCUAUGGUGGUUCGUGAACCAGAGGAUUCAACAUGACUUUGUUGACUCGCUGUCGUGGGUUAGCGGCUGUGUAUUUUCUGUUUACCUUUUCAGGAAUCUCUUCAUGGAGAAGAGUUGGUGAAUGACAGAUUAGUGAAUGGAACAAAUAUGAAUGCUGAAGACUGAUUAUUACCAUUACCAUACCAGGAAGUAGGCUGGUGGUAUAAGUCUGCCAUCGGGCGACUAUUUCAGUCUGCAUUCUCCUUCCCUUCCGCUAAUCAUCGAACACUAUUUUUCAAGGACACUUUCCCAGCAUGCUGGGCUUAGCGCCGCCCAAGACGAUUGUGAUUGGUUUAAAGAAGUGUUUUCCACCGCGUACCACCUCAGAAAAUAUCAGGCUCUCCGAGGACUACCGUUAUGACCAACGUUAACGUCACUUUCAACUUUCACCGAGUGUUGUUCGGUUAAUGCUUUAAAGAUGGGCACAUGUUUAUGGGUCAUGUCUGGCAGAAGGUCCAAAUGUUUUUUGUUUUCAGUUCUUCCUCUACAAGGUAUACCACAAUGUCAUUAUGGUAAUGUGAUUUUACACACUACUAAAACUAGACAGAGCGGGGCCAUAUGUUUGGACCAUUUCAUAUCUUCCAAUACCGCAAAGAUAGAAACCGACAAAUACAUAUUUUCAUAAUCAAAACUCCAUUAAAACUGAGGCAAACAGCUAUGGCUUGAUACAUACCACAGUGAAGUAAAUAUAUUUAGGUUCAGGUUCAGUACUGAAGUGUUUAAAUUGGUUCAUUUACUGUAUUUUAUGCCAUUAAUGUAUAAGAAAUGGUAACUAACCACACAGAUUUUAAUGUAGCUUUUGUGUGGAGCUACUGGUAAUAUGUCCGAAUGUUGACUACAAGAAAACUGUAAUUUUACUGUCGAUUAGUAAACUGUCACCAGCCUUUGUAAAGCUGGAUCCUGUAAUGGUUUUCAUCAUAUAUACAGAGGGGAUUCUUUUGCUUUUUUAUAGGAAAAAACGGGUUCAGUAGACGUGUUGUAAUAAAACAAAGUUCUGUUCUGUUA